AUGCAAAUUCAUGCGAGUAUAUCUUUACCAUCUUAUUUAUUAAUUUUAUAUUUUCCGUCUAUGAAUUUUCGAUUCCGUUUAGCAAUGUUGAAAAUUGAUAUUCAAAAAAAUGAUAAAAGAGCUUCUGGAAUUAAGAAUCUUCAAGAUGGUAGUUCAAUAAUUCCAUCAUCUGUACGCCCCGAUGGAUCAAUUAGAAGCGAAAGGAAAGUUCGGCCAGGAUAUGUUCCUCCUGAAGAUAUAUCUGUAUAUAGAACAGUGCAUCAUAAUGAAUCUUCUCAGAAAAUGAGUCGUAAUGGAGUUGAGACUCAUGGAUAUCGUUGUCCUGGAGCAAUGGCUUCUUCUAAUUUAAGCAAGAGUGCAAAAAAAAGGGCGAAAAGAAAGGAGAAUUUCCAGAAUUCAAAGAAUAGUACUGAAUCUUCUGAAUCAAAAACUAAGGACAGUCACUCGGUUAUUGAUGAUAUAGAAAAGCGCAUGAGAAAUUUCAAGAUUAAAGAAUCACAAAAAUCUGAAACAUCUUCUAAGAACGAAAAUGAAUCUCGACAAUUAAACCAAAAAGAAAAAAAUGAUGAAUAAAAGAAUUAAUAUUUUAUGAGGCUUGAAUGUAUUAUAGGUUUAGUAU